AUGGCAACACAAUAUAGAACAUUUGAUUCUGGUCUUUUACAAAAAGCAUGGUUUCACUUAAAUGAAUAUCAUGAUUUUUAUUGUAUGGCACGUUAUCGCAAGAAAAUCGAAGAACAACUUCGUAAUGCUAAUAUUCCGUUGACAUAUGUUCCAUGGAAAUCGAUGGUUCGUACAUUACUUUGUCAAAGUUUAUUUAGUGAUAAACAAUUAAAAGAAAUGAAUGUUCAUACUGAUGAGUGUUGUACAGAAGUUGAUAUUGCUUCGAGUCAAGCUUGUGUUAAUUUUCUACUUGAUAACAGUCAACAAGACGAAAAAAGUUUAACCGAAACAUGGUUUGAAAUUAAUGAAUUGAAAGAACGUUUUCAAAAAGCUAUUAACAUUUUGCCGGCUAAUCGACAUGCACGAAAAGAGAUGUUAUAUAAAAUCUUAGGUUAUCCAACAGGAUAUUCUGAAGAAGAAACAGAUUAUUAUUUAAACAACAAUAAUGAUGAAUCAUUGGAUUUAACCAGUGUUCUUUCAAUUGAUGAACAAUAUCAAAUGCAUACAGGUGAUCUCAUUGAAUUCAGUGGAAAUCGAUUACAUGAUGCAUUUUAUAUAUAUCGUUUACCUAAAAAAGGUAUUUGGGCUCAAAUUCAACAAAUGUGGUCAAAACACCAGAUUACAAAUUUCAUAUUUAAUAAUACAGUAACAGAUCCUAAAGAAGAAGAGAUUAUUCUUGUUCCAGCUAUGGAUGAAUAUGGUUAUGGUGUUCCUUAUUUAUUUGCUACAAGACCAACAGAAUUAUUACCUGAUGGUGCUCUUCAUAAAUAUGUUGACAUCAAUUGCCCUCUUGUAUCUAUGCAUAAACAAAAUUCAACGAUUGCACUUGUACAACAACAUCUUAAUGAACGUUUAAAAAAUCCUGUAUAUCAAGAUAAAUAUAUGAAUGACGAAAUGAGUGUAGAAUUAGAUAGAUUUCCACAAGAAUAUGUUGCUUUUGUACAUAUAAAUGAUGCACCUAAAGAUAAUGUUUUAUGGGUACAACGUGUUCAUUACAACGGCAAGGAAAUUGCUCGAGAUUUAAAUGAUAAUUUCGAAAUCUUUUUUUCACGUCGAAUUCUGGAAUCCGAAGAACAAUACAAAGAAAAACAAAAAUUUAAUAUAUCAUCACAUUGA